CUGUGAGGGAAGGCGGCCACUGCUUCCGGGUCGGUCGGCUCGGUGGCACCAUGUCGUGCACCCUGGUUCCCUUCGGCCGCUUUCAGGAUCUGGAGGCGGCCCGUGAUUUCCUGUGCCCGCACCGCCGACAGGGCAGCGCCGCGGCCGGCAGGGACAGCAGGGAGAGCGCAGGUAAACCAACAAACUGGGAAGAUGGUGGCUGGGGAGCCUGGGAUGAAGCAGAAUUACCAGAACCUGAAGAAGAAGAAUCUGCUUCCAAGAACCAGAGGAAUUACUGGCUUCAAGAUUGCGUGUUGUCCUUGUCACCAACAAAUGACCUGAUGGUAAUAGCUAAUGAGCAGAAGGCAGUCUUUUUAGUGUCUAAAUGGAAGCAGAGUGACAAGGGAAAAGAAGAAAUGCAGUAUGCUGUUGGCUGGAGUGGCUGUCUGAGUGUUGAAGAAGGUGAAUGUGUGAGUAGUGUUUUGUGUAUCCCAUUGGCAAGUCAGAAGAGGAGCUCUACAGGUCGUCCUGACUGGACCUGCAUUGUGGUUGGCUUCACCUCUGGCUAUGUUCGUUUUUACACCGAGAGUGGAGUACUGCUUCUUGCACAGCUUUUAAAUGAAGAUCCUGUCCUGCAGCUUAAGUGCAGAACCUAUGAAAUUCCCAGACAUCCUGGUGUCACAGAACAGAAUGAAGAGCUGAGUAUCCUGUAUCCAGCAGCAAUUGUGACAAUUGAUGGUUUCAGUCUCUUUCAGUCCCUACGUGCAUGUCGCAACCAGGUAGCAAGAGCUGCAGCAUCUGGCAAUGAGAAUGUUCAGCCGCCACCUCUAGCCUAUAAGAAGUGGGGUUUGCAGGACGUGGAUACAAUUGUUGACCAUGCUAGUGUUGGCAUUAUGACACUAUCUCCUUUUGAUCAAAUGAAGACUGCCUCGAAUAUAGGUGGAUAUAAUGCAGCUAUAAAAAACAGCCCACCUGCUAUGUCUCAGUAUGUUACUGUUGGAUCCAAUCCCUUCACUGGUUUCUUUUUUGCCCUGGAGGGUAGCUCACAGCCACUGUUGUCUCAUGUUGCUUUAGCAGUUGCAAGUAAACUGACUUCAGCGUUAUUUCAUGCUGCCAGUGGCUGGCUUGGUUGGAAGAGCAAACAUGAGGAAGAGCCUGUCCAAAAACAGAAACCAAAAGUUGAACCUGCAACCCCACUGGCAGUGAGGUUUGGAAUUCCAGAUUCCCGUCGUCAUGGUGAAAAAAUAUGUCUUUCUCCAUGUAACACUUUGGCGGCAGUGACAGAUGACUUUGGAAGAGUUAUUUUACUGGAUGUUACAAGAGGACUUGCAAUUCGCAUGUGGAAAGGAUACCGUGAUGCAGAAGUUGGUUGGAUACAGACUGUGGAGGACCUUCAUGAGAGGGAAACAGAGAAAAUUGAUUAUUCUCCAUUUGGAAAUGCACAGUGUCCAAGCAGAGUGGCUCAGUUCCUUGUGAUCUAUGCUCCAAGGAGAGGAAUUCUGGAAGUCUGGAGCACACAGCAAGGGCCUCGUGUUGGGGCCUUCAAUGUGGGGAAGCAUUGUAGACUGUUGUAUCCUGGUUAUAAAAUAAUGGGUUUAAACAACAUUACCAGUCAGGGAUGGCAGCCCCAGACUUACCAGAUAUGUCUUGUUGAUCCAGUUUCUGGAAGUGUUAAAACUGUCCAUGUACCUUUUCAUUUUGCAUUGAGUGAUAAAAAGAGUGAGCGAGCGAAAGAUAUGCAUCUAGUGAAGAAGUUAAAUGCUUUGCUAAAAGCUAAAACUUCAGAUCUAGACUUGAUUGAAGCUGAAGCAAAGGAAUUAAUACUUGAUAUUAAAUACCCCGCUACAAAGAAACAGGCUCUGGAAAGUAUAUUGACAAGUGAACGCGUGCCACUUUCAUCUCUCACAAACAUCACUCAGACAUUAAUGGAUAAUUUAGAAAAACAGGAGCUCGAGUGUGUGGAUGAAGGUUUACUGCAGUUCUGUGCAAACAAGCUGAAGCUGUUACAUCUUUAUGAAACAGUGAGCAAGUUGAAUUCCCAAAGCAUACAGGAAGACACUCUGCCCUCAGAUAACGACUUGGCUAAACUGCUUCGGCUGGAAGAAAAAGAUUUUCACAGGCUCCAAGCAUUGCUGGAAAACUACAAGAAAGAAAAUGCCCAGAAUGUUACUCAGUUUGCUGAUGAGAAGGAUGAUGUAUUGCCUGUGAAAAUGUUCUUGGAGUAUUUAGAGUGUGAAAACGAUGCAAUUAAUGUAAAAAAUAUGGAAGAUGAUGAAUGUGUGACUUUAGGCAGCUUUUUCUUCUGGAAGUGUUUGUGUGGAGAGAGUUCUGCAGAGGAGAUAUGUCGUGCGUUGGAGUCAGCAGGUUUUAGCCCUCAGAUUUUGUUGUCACUCCUUCUGAAUUUAUGGCUUUCCAAAGAAAAAGAUAUUCUUGAGAAACCAGACUCUACCAGUUGCCUUCACACUAUGCUGACCCUUCUGAGCAAAAUGAAAGUUGCCAUCGAUGAGUCCUGGGACACUCAGUCAGUUUCCCCCUGGUGGCAGCAAAUGCGAACAGCUUGUAUUCAGUCUGAAAGAAACGCAGCUGCCUUACUGUCUGCUUAUGUUGGACAUUCAGUUACCGCACAGAUAAUUGACAGUGUGACAGAGAAAAAGUUUUCCCAAAUAGCUGUAGGUUCAGACACAGAAUCCUGGGAAGCACUUUCCCUUGAUGCUGAAUAUUGGAAGCUUCUGCUGAAACAGUUAGAGGACUGUCUGAUCCUUCAGACACUGCUGCACAGCAAAGUGAGCAAGAAGACAAUAAAAGUUUCAUCUCUACAGAGUGAGCCUUUGGGCAGGCUUUCUGUUAAGAAAUUGCUGGAAGGUGGAAAAGGAGGUAUUGCUGACACUGUAGCAAAGUGGGUUUUUAAGCAAGGCUUCAAUCCUCUUGUACUGAAUUUGGCGCAGCACAGGAACAAUACAGACAAUACUGAAGAAUCUGAAGAAAUGCAUGCAAGUGUCUUUCUUGAGGAGCCAGAAGUAGAUGAAAACUUGGAAACAAUCCUAGAGCUGCUGCAACUUGCAUAUCAGCAGUUUCCAUGCAGUCUUGAAGUGGAUGUGCUCCAUGCACACUGUUGUUGGGAGUAUGUGGUGCAAUGGAAUAAGGAUCCAGAGGAAGCGUGCUUUCUUAUUAGGUCUAUAGAUCAUCUUCGAUGCAUCAUGAAUGCUCAUGUUCAGCAUGGUAUCGCUCUGAUGAUGUGGAAUACAUUCAUAGUAAAAAGGCUUUCUUCUGCUACAUAUCUAAUGGACAAGGUUGGAAAAGCUCCGAAGGACAGAUUAUGCAGAAGGGAUGUGGGUAUGAGUGACACAGCCAUGACAGCUUUCCUUGGCUGCUGUUCGGAUCUUCUGCAAACGUUGCUAGAGGCUGAUGUGAGCAGUGACGAAAUGCAAGCUCCUGUCCUGGAUACUGAGGAUGCCUGGAUGUCUGUAGAAGGGCCGGUAUCCAUAGUAGAACUUGCACUUGAGCAGAAACGCAUUCACUAUCCUCUUGUUGAACACCAGUUCGUGUUAUGUACCGUGUUGUAUGCCAUCAUGAGGUUUUCUAUGAAGAGUGUGAAGCCUCUGUCACUGUUUGAUAGCAAGGGUAAAAAUGCAUUUUUCAAAGACCUUACUUCAAUUCAGCUGCUACCUAGCGGGGAUAUGGAUCCAAACGUGUUAUCUAUACGACAACAGUUCUUGCUCAAAGUUGUGAGUGCAGCAGUUCAGAUGCUCUGUUCACAAAAGGCUAAAGAAGCCUCGGAAGAGGAAUUGUUUCCCUUUGAAAAGGCAAGAAAUUGGCCAACUUUGGCUGUGGACUUGGCUCAGUAUCUUCAAAUCUCUGAGGAUGUGGUCAAAAUGCAUUAUGUCUGUGAAUUAUACAGUUACGGGAUGGAUCAUCUUGGUGAAGAGGCUUUUCUUCAGGUGUCUGACAAAGAAGUACUUGCAUCGCAGCUGCUCAUACUGGCUGGACAGAGACUGGCCUUUGCUUUACUUCAGAUACAGACAAAGGAGGGAAUGGAACUCUUUGCUAGACUUCCUCCAACGCUGUGUACUUGGCUUAAAGCUAUGGACCCCCAGGAACUUCAAAACGUGCAAGUGCCAAUUGCUACAACAGCUAAACUGGUGAACAGAGUAAUAGAGCACUUACCAGAGAAUCAUGGGCAAUAUAGCCUGGCUUUGAAUCUGAUAGAGGCCGUAGAAGCCAUCUCAUCAUGACGUUCUUCCUUAGAACGGUUCUGCUACGUAGUGCUACAGUGCAUGAUUUUACACACCAAGGCUGACAUUUACAGAAAGAAACUUUUGUGUGGCUUUUGUUGAACGAGAAGAACAACGUUCCCCACCCCACAGCUCCAGCAGGUAAUUUUAAAUUGGAGUGUAUCUUAAAUUCUGCACUAGUACAGAGAUGUUUAGUUUCUAGUACACUUGUCAGUAUCUGAACCGCUUAGUUAUUUAUUUGACUUGAGCGCUUCUUGCAGUAGUCUGAAUUGGGUAUAUUUGACAGCAGUUUUAGUCAACAAAAUCAUGUCUUGUGAUAUUUUUUGUAUUUCACGCUAGCAAUAACUGCUGUAGUUACAAUGUUCCAUGUAUCAUUUAUCUAAAGAAGCUGCAGAAUUAAAUCUGAGGAAAAACUUCAAGUCUUUUAAGUUAUCCUGUGAUGCUGGUGCUGCUUUUCCAGAAGCUAGAAUUGGUGUUGGGCUCCUGUCUGCUAACUGCACACAGAUGACAGUGGGUGCACUAGAAGUAGAAUGGAACAUGCCUUACACAAAGGGAGAAGAGCCCAUGUUAGAAUCAGCUGGGAAGGGAGAGAGAACCACAUCCCCAGACACAAAUAUGGACCUGUUUUCAUCCAGUUUUAGCCUCUCAGCAUUGUCUCUAGGAGGGUGUGCUGGGCUUCAGCUAAAACUGGAUUUACAUCCCUAUCCUUUAUUAUUAAGCUCUGCUGAGUUUCCGUAGGUCUGUAUGUACUGUAAGGUUGUUCCCUGUUCUACCACUGUAGAAGAUGUAGUAUGCUCUAAGUCUCUGCACGUGUUAACUCGUCAAAACUUGCUUCAAUAGUUGUCCAACUUCACUGAAGAUCUUCAGUUCUGAGUACCUUAGCCUUAAAAAACAACCCAACAAAACCGUUAUAUUGACAGUUCCUACAGGGAAUCAUGUAGUGAAUAUCUUCACUACCAGAGUGGUGUUACAAAUGAUUAUCUUACAUCACUUAAUAGUUUUCCUUCUACUUAAAGGGAAGCCAGGAAAGGAAAAUAGCGUUGUUGUAGGCUGUUUUGCCUUGAAGUCAGCUGAAGUUACUCCAUCUUGUAUCCUGCAAGAAACCUUCAUAGCAUUCUAUACUGUUACAGGCAGAAUUUGGUCUUACCUUUCUGGUGUAUGCGCUGCUGUCAUCUUAGGUUGGACUCCCCCUGAAAACUGCUUGGUAGGUGGUUAGCUCUGUAAGAUGGGCAGCUGUUCAGCAUCCCCAGUUGCUGACCUCUGCACUUUAAUGUAGAUGAUGAAGGCUUCCUGACAAGAUUUGAUGCAGUGUUUGACUUCCUUUAUGAGGUUGCAUGAGUAAGAGGCCGGUGCUGCUCUGUGUAGAAGUGAAACAGGUGUAGGGGAAUAAUGCCAGAAGGCAAGGCUGGACAGUGCCUGUAUUGCCUUGCCUGGCAGCACUUCAGCUGUCUGCACAAACAGACAGGCCUGAGAAUCAGUCCUGAAACCUGAGGAGAAGCAAAAUCAUUUCUUAGUUUGCAUUACAUUCCUGUAUCCUGGUACAGUUGUGUAAAGGACCUCACUGUAACUAAAUAUCACGCCAGAGCUGACACUCUACACCAAUCAAAUCUGUAAUGUAUUGUAAGUAAUAUUCUGUAUAUAGUGCUAUUUUGUGUCUAAUUUGCUGUGGAUUUGUGUAAAUUGAUUAAAUAAAAUUUGAGGAGGUUUCAAUGUG